GGCUUUAGCAAUAACGAAAUAAUUAAAAAGCUUGCCAUGUCAUGGGAGAGCAUUGCGUCUAAGGAUAUGCUUAGCAUUCCUCCGAGCCAAAAUCUAUCCGCAACUCACUUAUUAGCAUCACCCGAUGGAUCGCGAUACUUGUUGGAAAACUCAAAUGAUUUGUGUCAAUUAGAUGAGAGUUAUUCGAGAGUUGCGGGAUAUGGCUCAAGUCCAGAUGCAGGUUCGCGUUCUCUCUGGACUGGCCACGGACUAUUACCUUCUGGUUCUGUAAUCAGCUGUUUUUUGGCCUGCCACCGAAGUCUUAGACAGUAUAUUGCAAAACGAAAGAUUGAACGAGGUCUUCGGCUUUAUGAGCAAAAUAAUCAAACAGCAGCAGUCCGCACCUGGCGAAGUGCACUAAAGGGCACGUGUCGACGCGAGGACUGCUUCCAGCUACUGGGGUAUUUGUAUCAGGCACAUAUGGAUUGGGGCAAGUUUCGAGAGGCUAUUGAGUUCGGACAUCAACAGCUUGGCAUAUCAGAGGAACUCGAUUCACCCAACAUGCGGGCAGAGACGUAUCUGAACCUCAGUCGAGCACAUGCCAGUCUAGGUGGUCUGGAGCGGGCUUUAAGCUACGCCCGUCACUCACUAUACAACGAGUGCGGAACAAAAUGCCGCAGUGGACUCGUCCAUUUGACAGUGGCACGAGUGUAUCUCGAAAUGGGCGGGUUUUCUAGAGCAUUGGAGGGACUACAAGGGGCACACAAGAUAGCUACAGCCAUUGGCGAUCCUUCGCUGGAGUUGCAAGUAUACGUGGCACUCUCCGAACUUUUCGGCCGACUGCAGGAUAACGACAAAAGUGCCACCUACGCAUCCAAAGCUUACGAUUUGUCUCGCUCCCUACAACUCGGGGAUCUUAAUUCAUGUCAUCAUAGAGCUGCAUUGCUACGAAUGGCAGCCUCCUUACGAAAGCAGGGCGAGCUGGGGGAUGCGCAGGACUACUGUAAGGAGGCAACUAAACUUUCGCUUAUAUCUGGAGAUCAGGCCACAUACACUAGGAGUAUCCGCGUUAUGGGGGACAUAUACCGAAAAAAAAUGGAUAUUGAUCGUGCAUUCCGACAAUAUGAGCAGGCAAUGGGCACAUCUGCAAGUCUAGGGGAUCGCAUGGCUCAAAUGGAGGCUAUGGACGGGGCUGCCCGGUGCCUGGAAACUCUACGUCUUCAGAACAAGAUUUGCAACUGCAGGCCUCUGGAAUUUAACACACGUCUACUGGAGGUUGCCAGCUCGAUUGGUGCCAAGCUUCUGGUGCGAAAGAUUCGUUGUCGACUGGCUUUAAUAUACCGUGCGUUAGGCGACGAGGAUCAGUAUAAUACUCAUUUCCGUCUGGCAAAUCAGACAGAUGCUGCACUAGGCCUAAACUGUGGUGCUUGUGGGGAACUAUUCGGCCUACAGCCGGGCCACCUCGAAGCCUUACCCUGUGCACACAUUCUCCAUGCUAGAUGCGCUCACGAAAUAUUGCGUCGGCGGGACAAAAAUGGACCAACACGAUCAUGUCCCGCCUGCAACAAGUUGUUGAGCUCUCGUCUGCACCUUUGCGGUGGCGGCCUAGUACCUGGGGUGGGCGAGACUGAAAGCACUGAUGGAGGGAGUGCUAUUACGGUCACAUUGAAUGCUAAUGCGCUUUCUGUUGAUGGGCUCUUGACGAUGAAGUCCGAACCUCUGUCAGCGCAAUCGCGUUCAGUCAAUGGAUCUUCUAUAUUUUGCAAUAUCAAUCAAACUAUACCAGGCAUUGGUAUUCAGAAUACGACGCUGCUUUCCCCGAAGGCUUUGUACCACAGCAAUCUCUCGUUGGCUUCCUUGCGCGCAUCCAGUUUGACCAUCGAUAGCGAAAGAAAUGCCACAUCGUCUGUAUAAUUCACCCCUACAUAUUUAAGAGCAUGUAAAACAUCCGAGCUCUUCGAAUCGGUUGCGUAGCGGCGCGAGUAUUUUAAAUACAAUUUAGCACUGGAGAGAGGGGACACUAAUUAAUAGCAUCGUAUGUAAUUUGAUUGUUUGCAGACGUAGAUAGCCAAAAAAAGUAUAGAGAAUGAAAGAAAAAAUAUAUAUAAAAUUACACACAUGCAUACAUAUGUAUGUAUGUACAUAUGUUCGCAUUGAAAGCUGCAUUCCAAAUGCAUACAAAAGUUAACAGAAAAUGCACUUUCCAAUCUAUGCUUAUCAUAAGCACGUUAAAUAGGAACUGAUAGGAAUUUGAUCAUACAGCUUAAGCUUAUUUCUGUACCAAAUUAACAACUACUUAGAGUACCUUACCCAAACCUUCAAAUAAACAAAUCAGUCAGGUGCAUUGUUAAAGUUUUAAAUU